GAGUAGGUAGGCAAUAAACGGAAGGAGAACAAGACAGAAAGGAGAGACAAGGAUGGGAGAAGGAGACCAGAAAGAUAGCUAGGAACACGAAGACGUGAAUCGAUGUCGCCCACGACUCCGAUACUUUCCGCUCUGCUGCUUUCGUUGAUAUCAGGAUCAACGGAAGGCGGACUGAAGAUGGAUCCCGUUGCGUUGUUGCGACAAACUCUUCGAUAUUGGCGAAAAAUAUACAAGACGUACCACGAGGAGGUGACUUUGGGUUACUGUUGGGCGGACUAUUUGCUCAAGAUAAGCGACGAAUUGUCGACGAAUCUAUCUGUACCGCCGCUCGUCGCGACAGGAGAUCGCGACACGACUAUCGGGGCGACGAAAAGCCAGCGAAAUCCAUUUCCGCAAAAUGCAAUGGCCGAUACGGCGAUGCCGUUUAGAGAAACACAGAAAGGAAAACAUUUGCGGGAAAAACGAUCGCAUACAACGGCGAGAUCCGUUAUUUCGAGGUUCACAAAUGAUUCUGACAAACACCGAAUCGUUUCGACAGUAAAAAUGUUUCAAGAGAUGUGGAUGAUGAAUAUAAUUUUAUCAAUUAUAUCGAAUAAUAAGGAAAGUACAAUUGAUGAAAAUAAGAGAAUUGCAUCAAUGAUUUAUAUUCAAAAGAAACGACAAGCAUUCUCGAUGCCGGAACUUUUCCACGACCAACCAGAGGUUCCGCGCGGUCACGAAUUUUCCUCUCGUGAAAUAUGUUCGGACACUGUUAAUCCGACGCCUAAUCCCAAGGAUGAUGACAAAGUCGGUUUUAAAUUGACAAAUCUCGAGGAGGACACGCAUCGUGAAGUUUUAUAUUUGCAUUCGACGAAUCAUUCUGAUUCUUUUAUUAAAGAUACUUUUGUGCUACGAAAUUUAUUUUUACUCGCAGCUUCCCGAGAAAGAUCGCCCGGCAAUCAUCGAUCUCCCUUUCGACAAUAUCCGCAGUCACGAGAAAGAAAUUCGGAAGUCGAUGAAUUGUUAUCCGAUCCCCGGACACCGGAGGAAGAUCGCGGAAUGAAGAGAGAUCCCGAAGAAAACCACAUCCCUUUGAACGACUACGGAAGCUCCUUGUCAUCGCGUUUGCAGUUGCGGCGGAUAAAUGCGGUCACAGUGCGUUGCACGGAUAUCGUAAAGUUGACGAAUUCCGUCGCAAAUCCAUCGUGCAAUCCGGCGAGAGCGAUAAAUUCAGAGGUACUUCGCCGGAAACCCGAGGAAUUAUCUCGCGAUUCGCUUUUAUUGCCUCGCGAAGAAGUAGUCGCCGCUGAGCGAUCACCCCUUGAAUCUCGAGGAAGCGGAAGAGCUGUUAAAAAGAACGCUUUCUCGCGAUUUAACAAAAUAACUGGGGGAAGCGACGCGAAAAAGCGGCGCUACCAGCAGCCGAGAGUAGAAAAAAAGUCACGGAUCGAGAGGGAUGUUUCAGCGGGAAUGAUACGUCCGUUUUUGCCGAGACUCCAACGAUUGCGCCAACAAAUGCUUUAUAAAAAUCGCCUAUUUUUCCCUAUUCCAACAGUUGAGAUGAGAGCGAGACAGGGCGACGACCGUAUCCGAGCUGCGCCUUCAUUAUCUCGUGUCGGACGAUUUAUAGAGAAUUACGAGAACUCGACAAGCGAAUCUGUUAAAGAUUCAAGAUUAAUCGUUUUGCAAGCUCGUCAAUUAUCUCUGCGUUCGCUUAUUAUCACUGUUUUCAGAACGUUAGGAAUAUUCGUACAGGUCGGUCGUCAGGUUAUAGAUGUCGUUGAAUCAAACGCGAUCCUCGCAUGUACAAAGGAAUAUUUAAUGACUAAAAUCAUUAGAUGGAUUGAUGCGUAA